AUGUUGCUGAAGCGUUGCUACGCUGCUGUAAGCUUUGCCAUGGACUCAUCACGCAGGGGAAUCUCUUUUCUUGCUUCAUCGCCCGAAUAUCCAUCCAGGGAGGUUUUCGAGCCUCUGGCUUUUUCAUCACCCAAACGAGUUUCUGUCAGGGCGAUUCGAAGCACCACUGAGGCGUCUGACACCUCUUUGCUCAUCUAUGCGGGUUAUUCUCAAGAUCCCGCAGCAGAUCCAGAGCGUGAUGGCAAGGUUACAAAUCACAAUACUACCGACAACCUUCCCCCCUCGAUCUCUCAGGCGACGUCGUUUGCCGUGUUGGAUCGCGAUGCCUUCCAAUUAAUGAUCGAUGAGGCCUUGGCCACGUAUUCGCUUGAGGAAGAGGAGUUCAAAGGCUGUUCUACGAAACGUAAUCCUCGGCACUGUACCGCAGGUCCACUUGUUGUUGGGUGUGAUAGAUCAUCCGAUGGAAGCGAAAGUUCUUUGGCAACGGACGUGGUCUCGAUGCAGGCACCAAACCACUUAACACGCGAACUUCAUCGACUUCUGCGUGAAUCUGAAUCUGAACUGGCCCCGCUUCUGAAGGUGAAGGCGCCCAUCGAUGCUUAUAUCGAUCGCGUGUAUUACCCGCUUCUUGUAUAUUCGUACUUUGGUCUUUUUGCUCUACACUUCGUUAUCUACUUCAACUGGAUUUUCUUUGUCUUUGAUUGGAAUCUAGUCGAGCCCACAACAUACUUUUUGGGCUACACUGGCGUUUUUUUCGCUUUGGUAUUCCAUUAUAUGCGGUGUGACGUGUCCGACGAUGAAUUCACACACAAGCAUUUUCUAACCUUUAUAGCUGAAAAACGAAGGGCAAAACUCUACAGAAAAAGCCAGUUGGAUGAGAGUCGAGUUCGCGAGCUGGAGGUUCUGAUUAAGGAUGUCAAAAGAGAAUUGCAUCGAAGCUAG